AUGGUGUUUCUUCAUCCCUAUUAUCUGUGGCUCACCACAUUAUCUAAUGCUGUCCUUGCUACCUCAAGGGUGACGGGAAUACCUACUGUCCCCUUUGCCAUCUCUAAUGACGGAGCAUAUCCAAUUGCUUCCCUUAAAGGAGUGUUGGUAGACUCCAAGUAUACCGAAAGUCGUGAUGAAACCGGAGAGACGUUGAUUCCACCAAGUCUACAAGAUUUCGCCAAAACAUUCGUAGACGACUUACACAGUGUCUUGGGUCUCGAUAUUGACGUCUCCGCUGGCGAUGAAUCUACAUCAGAUACCAUAUUUCUCACACUGGGUGAUCCCAGCAAGUAUACCGAUGCCAGCGGCUCUCUGACUUCUGAAGGGUAUACACUCUCAGUCAACUCUUCAGGAGUUGUCGUAUCCGGUGCCAGUCCCUUGGGUGUAUGGUGGGGUACACGAACUAUCUUGCAGCAAGCAGUUCUCUCAAAUGGCUCUUUAUCCUAUGGGGAAGCAGAUGAUGCUCCCGGGUGGAAGACUCGAGGUAUGAUGCUCGACGCAGCUCGUCAUUAUUAUCCUCCCGAGUUUAUCAUCGAAUUGUGCUCUUACAUGAGCUUUUUCAAGCAAAAUACAUUCCAGCUUCAUCUGAGUGAUAAUCUAUAUAACAAUGUCGACCUAUACACUAGAGAGCAAUCUUUGGAACUAUACGCUCGGUUCCGUCUAUGGUCUGAUUCAGAAUCUCUGGCCGGCUUGAAUAAGUAUAAGAAUGAGUCUUACACGAAAGAACAGUUCGAAGAGAUCCAGUCAACUUGUGCUUCACGAGGAGUCACCAUCAUCCCGGAGAUCGAAGCCCCAGGACAUGCACUAGUCAUAAUACAAUGGAAGCCGGAAUUAGCACUUGAAGGCAGAUUGUCGUUAUUAAACAUCUCCCAUCCGGACUCAAUACCUACUAUGAAAACCAUCUGGAGCACUUUCCUCGACUGGUUCCAUUCCAAGACCGUCCAUAUCGGCGCGGACGAGUAUACCGGCGAUCCUAACGACUAUAAUCGAUUCGUUAAUGAAAUGGCAGAUUAUAUCUACCAAGAAUCCGGGAAAUCUAUCCGCAUCUGGGGUACUUUCCCUCCCAAGCCCGAAUACAACAACGUCUACAACAAUAUCUCGGUACAACACUGGGCCUUCUUCGAGGACAACCCGUACCACGAUUACAUCCUGAACAACUACUCCGUCCUCAACUCCGACGACACCUAUUACACCGUCCUUAAAUAUUCCGGGAGCUAUCCACAGGUCGUAAACGUCGCCCGGACAUUCAACGGCAACCCAGAGACAGGUGGGAUAUGGCAGCCCUACGUCUUCGACACGAAAGUCGCCGCCAACAACCCGGAGAAGUCCAACCCUCUGGUCCUUGGGGCCGUUACGCCUUUAUGGAAUGACUACGGUGCGAACGCAUCUGUCUUCUCCGAAGCCUAUUAUGCUUGGAAAGACGGGAUCCCGGCACUCGCGGACAAGCAAUGGGGAGGAGAUCUCUCGGCGUCUGAAUUCGCGGAAGCGUUUUCGACUUUGCAUCCUGUUAUCCCAGCACAGAACCUUGACCGAGCGAUUCCAUCAGCUACUUCGACGAUAUUCAACUACACCUCGCAGUCGGUCCUAAGUAACAAAUACUUCACGCCCCUAUCUACACUAGGCGACAUAAUCGUCACCGACCAGUCCGGAAACGGGUACGACGGACUAGUAAACUGUCCACUCACCGCGGAUUCCACCUUCGCCAUAAAUUCCUCCUGCUUCCUGAAAACGCCCCUCUCCUCCAAAGGCCGGGACUACACUCUUUCCCUCCGCCUUCUCAUCGACGAAGUAGAUAAAGACGCCACUCUGAUCUCCGGCCGGGACUCCGCGCUCAUGCUUACCCCGAACCUAACUCUCUUCGCCUCGGGCAACUACUACCGGUUGAAUACUACUGUCCCUCUAAAGACAUGGAUCGACCUGGAUAUCGUAGGGCGGGGCAACCAGACGUUUGCGCGCGUGAGCCCCGAUGGCGCAGCGGCGGUUGUGAAGGAAGAAGAGUUCUUAGCUGUAUUAGGCGUCAACGGGGUUUCCCUUGUGUGGACGCCUAUCGCCAUCGAGGCGCCGCUGAAGCGGGUUGGUGGCAAGGACGCUGGGUGGACGGGACAGCUGGCAACAAUGAGCUUGACCUCGGAAGCUUGA